CCCCACCUGCCUCUAUAAAUAGCGUAGUGCUUCAGUUUUGAUGGAGCAAAGAUGACGCUUUUGGAGUUCACGCUUAAUUGAGAUGCUUAUAUGAGUAAAUUUCACAACCCCAAGGUGUAAUCUUCAAAGCCAUUUGCAUCAGUCACCAUGGAAGAUGAAAAGCCGUUUAAUUUUGUGCGGAUACUAUUUGAUGGUAUUAUAGCAGGAGGCACUGCUGGUGUUGUUGUUGAAUCAGUCCUAUAUCCUAUAUAUACGAUAAUGCCCGGCUUCAGGCAGGCUACUCGUGCUGGGAGAAAAAUCCAAUGGAAAGGCUUGUAUUCAGAGUUGGCUGGAAAUCUUGCUGGGGUCCUACCGUGA